AUAUCAGGUACUGGGGCUGGAGAGGGACGCACUAUAAUGUCUUCAUUGUGCCUCUCCUACUACCUAACAGGAUACAAGACACAAUACAAGGGUGAAACAAUGGCCAGAAUGUGUGCAACAUCUCUUCUUCUGGUAUUUGGGAUCCUCCUGGGUCUCUCCCAUCUGUCCUUGUCUCAGAACUGGGCAACAUUUCAGCAGAAGCACAUUACAAGCACAUCGAACAUCAACUGUGUCACCAUCAUGAACAACAACAUAUAUAUCGUAGGAGGUCAAUGCAAGGAACGCAACACUUUCAUAAUUUCUUCUGCAACCACCGUGAAGGCCAUCUGUAGCGGGGCGUCAACCGAUAAAAAUGUAUUAAGUACCACAAGAUUCCAGCUCAACACUUGCAUUCGUAGUGCCACUGCACCCCGCCCUUGUCCAUAUAGCUCCAGAGCGGAAACUAAUGCCAUAUGUGUAAAAUGUGAGAAGAGACUUCCCGUACAUUUUGUUGGCAUAGGAAGGUGUUAACCACCUCAGUACCAGCAUGUCACACCCCUUUUCUUUUUUUCAGUUUUCAGUGCUGUCAUAGUUGGACUGGCAAUAACUUGGUCAGGCAACGCUUUACCCAAAUUAAUUUUAUAUCUUUUUAACAGAUAUUUUUUUCUUUUCAUGGUAUUUAAUCACCUUUGUUUUUUUUAUCUUUUACUAUAUAAAGAAAAAUUACUAUUAAAACGUUUGCCUUACUUUCUGGUAUAAAAAUAUACCCAAUAAAAAAUCUUUCAUCAUUAAAUCAUG